CGCGCAAAGCACGCUGUAGUGGACGUUGGUCAUCCACCCCCUGUAAACACACCAAUAGUUUGUGCCUUGGCGUUUGGGUACUAGCGCUAUCGUCCUGAUCGGGCAAGUGUUUUAGCGUGCCAAGGUACCCGACGCUGUUAAUGUUAGGUACAUUCGUUACGUCAACUUCAGCUCCCACAUCUAAAAUGCGAGCUACUACUAUGUUCUCAAUUCUCAACUUCUAUCAACUUCUAAAUGAUCAUCCGCUAUCUUGCGACUUUGUGCAAACAUCACAUACCACUUGGUAGUUACUACGAAUAAAUUUUAUCAUUUAAUCAUCAUGGAAGAUCCGGUAAUCACAUCGCCAGGGAUGUCUGUGACUACCCCGAAGGUACUCAUCAUGAUGGCUGACUAUGGCCACGAUCCCACAGAAACUGCUGUGCCCUAUACCUCGUUCAAAAACGCGAACUACGAUAUCAAAUUCGCCACCGAAAGCGGAAAACCACCCCGAUGCGACAAGAAGAUGUUGGAAGGAUUCACACAGAAGCUACUCGGUGCCAAGAAGGAAGUUAUCUCCAUGUACAAGAAGAUGGCUAUAAGUGAGGAGAUGCGCCAUCCCCUCUCGUGGUCCGACCCCGACUUCUCUCUCGAUCCUUUCGACCUCGUCAUCUUCCCCGGAGGCCACGACAAAGGGGUUAAGCAGAUUAUCGAUUCGCCCAUCGUGCACAAGCUCGUGGUAGAUUACUUCCCUAAGACUAAACGGCCGAAUAAGAAGGUAGUGGGUGCGGUCUGCCACGGCGUCAUGGUCUUGUCCGAGUCGAAGGAUGCGGAUGGAAGGAGUGUUAUACGCGACUGCAACACAACAGCUCUGCCGGCAAAAUUCGAACAAAUCGCGUACUGGGGAACUAGGGCAGUCCUCGGCGACUACUACAAGACGUACGGUCACGGAAGCGAUAACGUGGAGGACUCGGUCAAAAAAGUCCUUGCUGAUCCAGCUCAGUUCAAGGGCGACUUGAAUCCCGCACCCUUCAUCGUCGAAGACGAACAGUACAACUACAUUAGCGCUCGAUAUCCGGCCGACGCAGAACUGUUUGCCGAGGAGAUUAUCAAACUCUUCGAUAGUUUCCACAGGAUUGUCUAGGCAUAUUCUAAGUAGUUCUCUGGAUUGUUCUGAAUUGUUCUCUGCUUUAACUUCAGCACUGUCGAUACCCUU